AUGUCAAACGCAUGUCGGAAGAAGGAAUCCCAUUGGAAUCAUUUUGGUGAUGUUUUCAAAGCCUUAAAUUUCAAAACCAAGAGAUUGAAGUGCAUUCAUUACAAUCAAAUCGUUUUUGUCAGCAGUCAUAACUUAAGUACUCAUUUGUUGAGCUUGACAAUGGAUCCAUCAGCACGCAAUGUCGAGAGGCAGUCAAGCAACUGGCGUGAAGAUAUGCAGAUUCAACCAUUGGUUCUACUAAUGACUACGAUGACUACAUGCUAA